AAGACAUGAGUCUAACUGUGAGCUCUCCGUUUGCAAACGUAUAGUUAGUAAAAAGCCUUGGUUGUCAAUUCUGAGUCUGCGUUGUUUGAUAUUGGGCCUCAACCAACAGGAACGAACCUUGAUUCUAGUGUAACACUCCCACAGUGGAAGAACUGCCCGGCUGUGCAUCUUGGCUGGAUGACCAGCGAGGACCUCCUCUGCAUCCAAGAGGAUGGCUCAGUCCUCAUCUACAGACUUUUCAGCAUGGGAAAUAGGGCAUAGAAACUGAUAUGUGAUGUUCGUGGACACUCUCUUGAAAUUCCUUCCUUUUGGGUCUGAGAACAUCACUGCAAGGGAUGAAGAGAAGACGAUUAUCAAUUCAACGUUACAGAAAAGGUGUGUUUGCUGCAACAUGCCCAUGAUCGUUUAUAGUAACUUUAAAUACAUCUGAAUGAAGAGAGAUAUGCUCGAGCAAAUCACAAUCUGGAUUACAGAACGGACGGGCUAGUACGUUAGCAAAACAGUUGGAGCACACAUACAAGGAAUGAAGAGAAGACGAUUAUCAAUUCAACGUUACAGAAAAGGUGUGUUUGCUGCAACAUGCCCAUCAUCGUUUACAGUAACUUUAAAUUGGAUCCGUUUCAAUCCGGUUUUAGGCCUGGUUUUGGCACUGAAACAGCCUUGGUCGCCCUGUAUGAUGACCUUUGUCGGGAGAGGGACAGGGGGAGUGUGACCCUGUUGAUUCUCCUUGAUCUCUCAGCGGCGUUUGAUACCAUCGACCAUGGUAUCCUUCUGGGGAGGCUCGCGGAGUUGGGAGUUGGGGGCUCUGCUCCUACUUAGCGGAUCGUCGCCAGAAGGUAGUGCUUGGGGAACAUUGCUCGACACCCUGGACUCUCCAUUGUGGAGUCCCUCAGGGGUCGGUCUUGUCCCCCAUGCUCUUUAACAUCUACAUGCAGCCUCUGGGUGCGGUCAUCAGGAGUUUUGGAGUGCGUUGCCAUCAGUACGCUGAUGACACGCAACUCUACUUCUUCUUUUCACCUUCUUCAGGUGAGGCUGUUGAUGUGCUGAACUGUUGCCUAACCGCGAUAAUGGACUGGAUGAGAGCUAAUAAACUGAAACUUAAUCCAGACAAGACUGAGACACUGUUGGUGAGCUCUUUACCUGCCCAGAUGGUGGAUGUUCAUCCUGUUCUAGAUGGGGUUACACUCCCCUUGAAGGAACAGGUUCGUAGCUUGGGGGUCCUGUUUGGCCCUUCCUUGUCGCUUGAGGCUCAAGUGGCCUCGGUGGCACGGAAUGCGUUUUACCAUCUUCGCUUUGUAGCCCAACUACGCCCCUAUCUGGACAGUGACAAUCUCGCCUCAGUUGUUCACGCUCUGGUAACCUCUAGACUGGACUACUGUAAUGCGCUCUACGUAGGGCUGCCCUUGAAGACCGUUCGGAAACUUCAGCUAGUGCAAAAUGCGGCAGCCAGGUUGUUAACGAGGACCCGCUGGUCUGCGCAUAUAACACCUGUCCUGGCCCGCCUGCACUGGCUGCCUAUUUGUUUCCGAGCCAGAUUCAAGGUGCUGGUUUUGACCUAUAAAGCAUUACAUGGUGUGGGACCACAAUACCUUGUGGAACACCUCUCCCGCUAUGAACCUACCCGUUCACUUCGUUCAAUAUCCAAGGCCCUCCUCCGGGUACCAACUCAUCAGGAUGCCCGGAGGAUUGUUAUUAGAUCUAGGGCCUUUUCUGUAGUGGCCCCCGAACUGUGGAACAGCCUACCUGUGGAGAUACGCCUGGCGCCUUCGGUACUUUCUUUUAGGCGCCAGGUUAAGACCUGUCUAUACUCCCAGGCAUUUUAAUGUUCAAUGUGUUUCAUUUAAUUUUUUUUUUUUCGUUUAACUUGUUGCUGAUUUUAUUGUAAUUUUAUUGUAAUAUUGUAUUUUAAUCUUGUUUUGUUC